ACAGUCAGACCAGGGAGAGCGGAGUGCAUGGCUUGCAUCUCUGUCUCUGCUUCCCUCUCUGCCAUCCGGCUGCUCUCCACUUCGAUAUUCAUUCUGCAGCUUCAAACGCUUUGACAGAAUUCCCUGAGCUUGCCAUCAGAGGGAGGACACAGAAGAAAAGAAGGCAGUCAGAGAAUAUUUUGGGGAUCCCUCAAAGAACCGAAGAGUCUUGUUUUGUUUUCAGGCUUUUGCUGAUUGACUUUUUCUGCAGACUCCUUUUUUGUUUUGUUUUGUUUCACAAGGAAAGACUUGAAAUGGAAGACUUGUUUUGAGAGUGGAAAAAAACGUAGCAAAAUCCUUUGCAGCUUGUUUCAUGUGGAGACAAACUGAGACAGCAUUCGAAAGUGAGCAAUUCAAGAGUGAAAUAAUAAAUAACCGCAGAAGUAAAGAAACAACGUUACCACAGACUCCGGACACAAGCAGCUGAAUCGAGAUCAUCUUUUUUAAAGACCACUUAGAGAGACUUCAGGCUUCCCCUGCAAGUCUCCUCUUCCAUUCCUUCAGUCCCAUCUGUACUUUUUCCUCUGGUCUCAGGCUCUGCUGCCUCCACAUAAGCUCAGUCAUGCAGGUGUCCAUCGCCUGCACGGACCACAACCUGAAGAGGGGAAAUGGGGACCACAGCAAGCAGAGCGCCACCAGCCCCAACGUGGUGAACCAAGCCAGGGCCAAGUUUCGCACCGUGGCCAUCAUCGCUCGCAGCUUUGGCUCCUUCACUCCCAGACACAUUUCACUGAAGGAGUCAACAGGGAAACACACUGGCAUGAAGUACAGGAACCUUGGAAAGUCAGGACUCAGAGUAUCUUGCUUAGGACUCGGUACGUGGGUGACAUUUGGGGGACAGGUAACAGAUGAGGUUGCAGAGCAGCUAAUGACCAUCGCCUAUGAGAGUGGAGUCAACCUGUUUGACACAGCUGAGGUCUAUGCAGGCGGCAGGGCGGAAGUCAUUCUAGGAAACAUCAUUAAGAAGAAAUGCUGGAGACGAUCCAGCUUGGUCAUUACAACUAAACUCUACUGGGGAGGAAAAGCAGAGACAGAAAGAGGACUGUCAAGAAAACACAUAAUUGAAGGUCUAAAAGGCUCUCUACAAAGGAUGCAGUUGGAGUAUGUAGAUGUCGUUUUUGCAAACCGUCCUGACAGCAAUACUCCAAUGGAGGAAAUUGUUCGGGCCAUGACCUAUGUGAUCAACCAGGGAAUGGCUAUGUACUGGGGGACGUCUCGGUGGACAGCCAUGGAGAUCAUGGAGGCUUAUUCAGUGGCAAGACAGUUUAAUCUCAUCCCUCCAGUGUGUGAGCAGGCAGAGUAUCAUCUCUUCCAGAGAGAGAAAGUCGAAGUCCAACUGCCUGAACUCUACCACAAGAUAGGGGUUGGGGCGAUGACGUGGUCACCGCUGGCGUGCGGAAUCAUCACGGGGAAAUAUGAAAAUGGCAUUCCUGAAUCUUCCAGGGCCUCCAUGAAGUCGUAUCAGUGGCUGAAGGAGAAGAUAGUAAGUGAGGAUGGGAGGAAGCAACAAGCCAAGCUGAAGGAGCUGCAUCACAUUGCAGAGAAGCUGGGCUGCACUCUACCUCAGCUGGCUGUGGCGUGGUGUCUAAGAAAUGAAGGAGUGAGUUCAGUUCUUCUGGGGACGUCCAACCCUGAACAGCUCACAGAGAACCUCGGGGCUAUACAGGUUCUUCCGAAGAUGACGUCUCAUGUGGUGUCUGAAAUAGACCACAUCUUGGGUAACAGACCAUACAGUAAGAAGGACUACCGCUCUUAGACCAGGUUGGUUGACGUGGAAGAAGUCAGCCUAUCUGCUUACCCAGCUACUUAACCAUACCGCUACCAUGGACCUGUGGUCCAAUGUUUAAACUUCAUGGUUCUGUUGUUGGGCCCGACUCAGCUCCAGCCCAUUUUAGCCUGGGUCAAAUAGCCUUGCAUACUGAAACCUCGUCUGCUAUCUCAAGACUUCUCUCAAUUCUUCAGCUCUACCAGGUUCAUCUCAGGUUCAGUCCAGCCCAGCCAAGAGAUGCUAGUCAAGUUCAGCUUUUUGCAGCCUCAAAACAACUUAAACUCAAACAAAAGUCCAUUGCAGUAAAUGAAAAGUACUGGUUCAUCCAAAUAUAACUAUGCAGCUCAGAUCCAGAGCAGUCACCAUGUAGAGUGCUACAGCUUAAUUCAACUCCAUCCAGGGGCCUCAUUAAGAAAUUUAAGGAAUUCGAUUCAUAGUUUUUGAUACAAUUUAACGUAAUUUUAUAUGCAGUUUAAGCAGUACAGUAUGAAAAGCACUGUAGGUGUAUUUAAGGAGUAAAAGUUCCUUGCUCAAGAGCACCUGCUAGUAGUUGACGAAUGAGACAGUUUGAUUUAUUUAUUCACAUUUCCCAUUCAUAUUCAGUGACUCAGACACCCAACUCUCAAGCCUCCAUCUCUCAUGUCUACACUUCCAAUCAUGAGUAAUUUCAUUCGAGCACAAAGUUCACACUGAGCACACACCAUCUAUCCAUGAGAUUUGCGGAACCACAGCAGACUAAAUCAGUGGUUAUCCCUCGGGUAAGAUGUACCUUUGGAAAGGCGACAUUUAGAAGCUUCAGUUUGAUGAACAUCCCCUGUCAGUCAGCCAGUGCUUUCAUUAAAAUUCGCUAUGCAGUGCAGUUUACAAGAUUACCAGAUGAGCUCAAUACUCUCACCUCUUCUGUCAGAGGACCAUGCUCCGUGUUAGGCUGAGUAACGAUAAGUUGACCUGCUCUAUGCUGCGAUGAAUGAAGCCUCAAAAAGCCAGUUUCCUGUUAGCUUGAAUUAGCUUCCAACUAUCUACCAGACAUAAUCCCUCCUCUACUUAGUAUAGCACAGAAUAGUACUGAGUAGUUAAUUUAGGCUGCAAAUGCUGAGUGUAUUAACCAAUAGAUGCAUGUAUACCCAGCUAUAGUGUGCCUCUCUUUUCUUUUUUACAAAGCGCAAAAAUAAGCAAAUGAAAGAAGUUUGAACUAAAUAACUGCAGGCUUGGCUGAAGAACAUUAGUGUCAGUAGGAUCAGCUCUCUCUGGGGAAAGAGUGAAGCAUGUCGCCCCCAUGUGCUGUAUCUGAGGAACUGCUGCUGUGCUUCACUAGAUUACACGAGAGGAAUAACAUGUUGAAGACUGCUUUUAUUAAAGAGAUGUUUGUCUCUUUUUCUGCCUGUGAACUGAACCUGCAUGGCUCAUUACCUCAAUGAACCCUGCAGAAAAGGACUUCAGCGUAUGAUAAAUAGAAUGAACGACCUCAUGGCUGCUCAUGGUUAAAACUGCAGAAUUUGCUUGUUAAUGGCACAAAAUUGGGAUGUGGUAUAGAUGACAGUAUUUAUUUUAGAGUAGUUGAUAUGAAGUUUAUUUUGACACUUAGAGAUAUUGUUUUUGUUUGAAAAUAUAUUGGGAUGGUACAUGUACAUACAAUGUUAAAGCCUACCUUGUAACAUAAACAAAACCAUGAAGAAGCCUCUCUUGUACAUGAUGACUUCACUGUACUGUAUGCCUAAUAUAUAAAUAAGAUGUAAAUAGAAUUAUUUUGUUGUUCCUCUGCAGACAGUCUUCAUCCCAUUCUUCUCUCGCCUGACUUCACAUUGUCACAAGAUGUUAUUCUGGCUCCUGAAAGAAGGAAAUGUGUUUGCAAUGUGAAGUCAGACUACUUCAUCUGUUUGAAUAGUGGCAUUCAUUGUAAUAACAGUCUUCUGUAAGUAACACUCUUUUGUUCAUCUUUAAAACUGUCAUGAUACAUUUUCUCCGACAAGGCAUCUCAGCUGUAUGAGAUCAUUGCUGUUACCUUCGUGUGUUGUUGUUCUUGUUCUUCUUUAUCUGGAAAACAAGCCAUCACAGAGAUCAGCAGAAAGGAUGGCCAAGGUCCAGUUUAGUCACUGUCCUGUCGUCAGGGUGUUUGUUGGCUUGUUGCACAAAUGUCAUCCAGGUUUUAGUCAAUGUAUUUCGACUUUU